AAAGAAUCCAUCUUCCUCUCUCUUUCCGUUAUAAUGGUAAAAGCAAUUUCUCUUCCUAACAAGAAAUGGGCAGCUUUCCAAUUCAUCAACAAUGGCUUCUUGAAGAAGAAGAAGAAGAUCUUGCUUCUCUGUUGUCUCAUUCUCCUCCUGUCGACGCCAUUGAUAUGCUGCUGUCGAGCUUUCAAUUUCAACGUUAUGGAUUUUGGAGCUGUCGGAGAUGGAAUAACCAACGAUACAGACGCAUUUGUGAAAGCAUGGAACAUGACAUGCAACGGCAGUAACAGCACCGCCGCCGUGGAUCUCAAAGUUCCGGCCGGGAACAGGACCUUUUUGUUGUAUCCCGUGACUUUUACCGGUCCCUGUCUCCCUCAACUCAUCCACUUGUCGAUAUUAGGAACUAUUGUGGCUCCAACAAACACAAGUGCAUGGGAUGGAAAGAAUCAAGGUCGAUGGCUUAUAUUUCAAGGUGUUAGCGGUCUUCAGAUCGAUGGCUAUGGUAAAAUCGAUGGUCGUGGCGAUGAAUGGUGGAAAAUCUUGUGCCCGGGCCCUAAACUUGUCCCGGGUUGCGUAAAGCUUGCUCCAACGGCUUUGAGCAUUAUAUCAAGCCAAUAUAUAUCGAUAAACAAAAUAACAAUAGUUAAUAGCCCACAAACUCACAUACUUGUGACCGGUUCACAAUCAAUCCAGUUCGAGUCACUAACCAUAAGAAGCCCUGAGACAAGCCGAAAUACAGAUGGGAUGCACAUUAGCAACUCCAAAAAUGUAACCAUCAGAAAAGUCACUAUUGGCACCGGCGACGAUUGCAUAUCGAUUGGUGAUCAUAUCUCGAACAUCGACAUAUCUGAUGUCACAUGUGGGCCUGGUCAUGGAAUAAGCAUUGGAAGUUUGGGUAAAAGUGGGAAUGUGGUAAAUGUAGAUAACAUCAAAGUAAGUCGAGUCCACUUCAUUAGAACCACUAAUGGUGCUCGGAUCAAGACAUGGCAGGUUGGGAGAGGAUAUGUUCGAGGGGUCGUGUUCGAGGAUCUUAUGUUUACGGACGUAAUGAACCCAAUCAUCAUCGACCAAUACUAUUGUGAUGUUAGGGGUGGUUGCAACCAAACGGAAACGGGGGUGGCGAUAAAUGACGUAGUCUACGCGAGAGCGUUUGGGACAUCGAAGUCGAAAGUGGCGAUAAAUUUGAAUUGCAGCCAAGUUGUUCUUUGCAAUAAUAUAUUGUUGGAUUCUAUUCUAUUGGAAUCUUCUGUAAUUGGAAAAGAGGUUAUUUCUAGUUGCAAUAAUGCUUAUGGGACUGCAAAAGGCCAAGUAAAACCAAACUCAUGUCUAGCCAUUCAAGAUUCUUCAAGUUAUUAACAAAUUAUUAUUACUGUUUACACAUACAAUUGUAAUCAGAUUA